UUUUUCCUGUGGAAACAAGUCAUCAUCUGUCAGUAUCACAAGUCAUGUACAGAACCCUCAAUAGAGAGAGUGAGCCAUUUCACUGACGAGUUACAAUUCUCAGUGAAGAUCACUGUAUGAAGGUCCAUUAAAAGGCACGCAAGCAAUGAGAAUGGGAGUCCUAGAAUAUUUCGACCUCGUCACAUGACUAAAUAGCAAUCACCACGUGAGAUAUGACUGCAUGGUGUUUUGGAUUUUCCCUUUUCCUGGUUCUAUUUUUAGCCAGAGUCAAAGGGAAUAUUGUUGUUGUUUCCCUAGAAGAGCAAACAAAACUGUUAAAUGAUGCAAUGCACAGAUGUCUCAUCUACAUUCUAGACUCACAGACCAAUUCUAGUUUUCAAAAUGCAUCUGAAACCUCGUCAUGUUCUGCCACUUGGGAUUCUCUAGCCUGCUGGCCCCAGACGAAGGCUGGCGAAACCGCCAUUAUACCCUGCCCGAAUUAUCUCAACUCGUUUGAUUCUUCAGCUAAAGCUUACAGAAACUGUACGGAGAACGGGACAUGGCUAUUUAUUCCGAAGUUAAAUUCCACGUGGUCUGACUAUCGGGCGUGUGUAAUACCAGACCCAGGAGUGACUGUCGUCCCCAAACUCAUCCAGGACCACAUGGAUUCCAUUACGAUGAUGUACACCAUUGGUUAUGGCGUCUCCCUGGUCUCUCUCCUCCUGGCCACGGUCAUCAUGCUGAUGUUUAGGAAACUUCGAUGUCCAAGGACUACAAUUCAUGUCAACUUGUUUGCGUCCUUUAUGAUUCGGGCUGCAUUCUCAUUUAUGAAGGAAAAUUUAUUGGUUAGUGGAGUGGGGUUCAGUGGUGACGUCAUAGAAACAGCCAAUGGUCAUGUAGAAUUCAAAAGCGAGGGCACACACUGGCAGUGUAAACUUUUCUUUACGAUCUUCUACUACUUUCUGGGGGCUAACUACAUGUGGAUUUUGGUGGAAGGCCUGUAUUUACAUCUCCUCGUCUCAGUUACCGUCUUCUCGGAAAGGAGUGGAGUUAAAUGGCUGGUUCUGUUUGGAUGGGGUUCACAGUUGCUGUGUGUUGUACCAUGGGUGAUAGUCAGAGCAACGUUAGAAGAUGUGCUGUGCUGGAAUACUCACCCCUCCCCGGGGUAUUUCUGGAUUUUACGUGGCCCUAUAGUAGCAUCGGUAGUGGUAAACUUUGUGAUUUUCAUCAAUAUUAUUCGAAUACUCUUCACCAAACUUAAUGCUUUUAAUGCAAAUGAAACGAAGAAAUUUAGGUAUAAGAAACUGGCCAAGGCAACAUUGGUUUUGAUUCCCCUGUUUGGGGUCCAUUAUGUUGUGUUUAUUGGACUACCGGACAGAGUCAGUGACGAAGCAGAACUGGUCAAACUCUACUUUGAAAUGUUCUUUAACUCAUUUCAGGGCUUCAUAGUAGCUCUAAUUUUUUGUUUCUUCAACGGGGAGGUACAAGCAGAAAUAAAGAAAAAAUGGCGGCGGUUUCUGAUAUCACGUGGUCAAGGGCUUAGCCGAAAAAGCACACGAGAGACUAUGACAUCAUUUAUGUCGCACACGCGUGGCGGAUCAUUGGGAUCUACAACAAAUUCUCAAGAUUCAAAAGAACAUCAAAAUGGAAAUUGUACCCGUGAAACGUCGCUUAUUGGAUAUCAUGAGGAACUUCAUCCUUUACAGAAAAACAAGGUGUAUGUGAAAGAAAAUGGUGUGUAUCAACACCAAAACGGAAAACAAGACGAAUGUAAACCAUUAAGUCCGGAUCAAUUGAAUGCUUCUUGUUAAGUGAUGUAUAUAUUUCACAAUGAGAUCUGAUCAAGGAUAUGUGAUUUAUUCAAGGACAGAGAGAUUACAAAAAUAUUUACCUAGUCCAAAAACGGUAAAAUCAUCUGACAUACUUCAUAACUGGAUUUGUCUGAAACAAAACAUUGUUGUUGCAAUGAAAAAUAUAUGAACUACUGUAAACGUAUAUCGUUUAAAUGUAUAUCAUUUAUAGAUUAGUUUUAAAGGCAGCAGACUUUGUCCUUGAUCGCAGUAUAUUUUGGGUUUUACACAAGGGUCUUGUGUACAUGUUGCAGAUGUAGUUUUCUUUUACUGUAAACCAACUUUUAUUUGCCACUACUUUAUUUCGCGAUUUUCCAGGGGUAAAAUAGUUCGCGCAAAUUUAUUUUCGCGAUCAAGCCUUUUUUGGCUCUGUUGUUAAUAAACCCAGAGAUUCAUGAACCGGUUCGCGGCGAGAAUUAUUCGCUAUGUUGAGACUACUUGUAACUCGCGAAAAUUUCUCGCACGCGAAUAAAAGUUGUUUACAGUACAUGUUGACCUGUCUCAUUCUCUACUUAAUAGUCUUCAUGCCCAAGAAUCUCAUUGUACAUGUACGAAAUUCAUGCCCUGUCUAUUAACAUGUGCUUACUCUGUGAUCAAGAAUUAUAUUUGAAGAUUGGAGUGCAAUCAAUUGAGAAUAUCUAUUAAUAUAUUUAUUUUUGAUGUAUAAUAAUAUUGUUUUUUUAUAGAAUAUCUAAUGUUUAUAAAUUAGUUUUAAUUUUUUAUAGUAUAUGAAAAGUAUAUGAUUCUAAAACAGAAUUAAGCAAGGAAAAGGACAUUGACUAAGAGGUGUACACCAUGCAGAGAAAUGAUAGCAAAAAUUUGUGUAGAAUUGACUACUAAAACAUUUUAGGAGGACACAAUUUGAUUCCAUGUAUGUAGUUUAUAAUAUUUAUAAGUUAUUUCAUGACCAUGUAGAUAUUGUUAUAAGUAAACUUUGUACUUGUUAUUGUUUUUAAAUUAUUUCAUACCAAAGAUUUUUAUAAUUUAUUGCAAAUUAUUUGAUUGAUACGAGACUGUGAUUCAUUUACAUGUACCAUGUAGAUAUAAAGUACAUUUUUAUAAAUAAAUGAAGUUGUUGGUCUCAAGUUUAUUUAAUGGUGUCAAAUAUACGUUUAUAUAUCAUAUCUUGAGUAUUCCCUAUUUGCUUUCAUUGCUUUAAAAGAUAAAAAGUACUACGUAUAUUUCCACAGCCCCUUGACUUUCUUAAAUUGUAAUGCAUUUUAAUG